AUGGUGAAGUUGUUCGAAGCUGCAAAGAAAGCUGCUGACGUGGCCAACGCUAAGGGUAUUCUCUCGGGCAAAGCAGAUGCGUCCCGCUGCGUUGAGGCUAUCUCGUUACUCAUGAAGGUCAACGUCACUCCAAAACCUAAUGAGCCAAGGAGGAUGUUGGAGAGGCUUCAUGGACUUGCCAAGCACAAGGACCGUACGAUUUGCAAUGCUGCAACAUCCCUUCUUCAACUUUGGAGGCAGAGGAACAGAGAACAAGAACGUAAAGUUGCGUCUGCCACUACAAAGGGAAUGAAGUAA